GGGCGGGGGCUGUUCUGGGCCGGGCCCGGCUCCUCCCUUCCCACCCCGCCCAGGCGGCGGCGGCGGCUCCAGGGGUGGGACGUGCCGCCCUCCACGCAGCAGCGGCCGUAGCUGGGCCCUGACGCCAGCCGCUGCCGCCUGCCCCGCCGCUGCGGCCUCCGACCGGGCGCUGCUGCGGAGAUUAAGAACUAUAAAGUGAUCCUGAUGAGUCUCUUCCAGUUUACCAGUAGAAGGCUGGUUUCGCAAGCAUAUUGUGGACUUAAGCCACCUCCUUCCAAGAAACAAAGGAUUUGCUUAGAAAUGGCUCGCCCUAAUUCAAAUAUGGCUGAUUUUCGAGAAGUGUUUGCCAAAGCAAAGCAUAUAGCCAUUAUUACAGGGGCUGGUGUUAGCGCCGAGAGUGGUGUUCCUACCUUCAGAGGCACAGGGGGCUACUGGAGAAAAUGGCAAGCUCAGGAAUUAGCUACCCCAGAAGCCUUUGCAAGGAACUCCUCCCGUGUGUGGGAAUUUUAUCAUUACCGCCGGGAACUGAUGUUGAGUAAACAACCAAAUCCAGCACAUGUUGCCAUUGCAGAGUGUGAAGCCAGACUGAGCAAACAGGGAAGGAGUGUUGUGGUCAUUACUCAGAACAUCGAUGAGCUCCACAGAAAGGCGGGCACAAAACACCUCUUAGAAAUUCAUGGUAGCUUAUUCAAAACCCGAUGCACCAGCUGUGGAAAUGUGGCAAAGAAUUACAAGAGUCCAAUAUGUCCAGCUUUGGCUGGGAAAGGUGCUCCAGACCCUGAAAUAGAAGAUGCCAAGAUUCCAGUUGAAAAUCUUCCUCGGUGUGAAGAGCAAGGCUGCAAUGGCCUCCUCCGUCCCCAUGUUGUGUGGUUUGGAGAAACUCUGAAUUCAGACAUUCUUACAGAGGUUGAAAAUGAACUUGAGAUCUGUGACCUCUGUUUGGUGGUGGGAACCUCUUCUGUGGUGUAUCCUGCCGCUAUGUUUGCUCCUCAAGUAUCUGCCAGAGGAGUGCCAGUUGCAGAAUUUAACAUGCAAGCCACCCCGGCUACAAAUAGGUUCAGAUUUCAUUUCCCAGGUCCCUGUGGUACCACCCUGCCUCCAGCGCUUGCUCGCCAUGAAACUGAAAUAAUCUCAUGAGCAUUCAUCUGAGGGAGGGGAAAUAAUUAAAUUGCUAAGAAUAUCAGGAAGUACACAUAAGGUGAACUGGAUUGUUGUAGAAGAAACCCUAAGUGUUGUAAGGAGACUAGAUCUGUGGAUGAAACUAAUCAAAGAAAUCCUGAUUCUCAGUUACACUGAUGGCAGUGAUAGGGUUGGGAACAGGGGAAAAUACCGGACUUCGGAAUUUUUAAAAAGGUCAUGUUUCUGUCCGACUAAAAUCUUUUCUGUCAAAGGAAAACAAAAACAAUUAAAAAUGACUCCAAAAUUGGCUAGAAUAGGAUGAUGGUGUUCUAUUAGACGAAUCUGAACUCCACAAUGCCUUCAUUGUAAACCAAUUGGAGGCUUAUGGAUCUUUGACCUUUUUUAUGAGAGGUGAAAUUUCUGAGAGGGAUGUUGUGUGAAAAGAGGGAAAGUAACUUUUUAUGGGGCUAACACUUCGGCACUUUGAAAAGAAAUAAACACCCUAAAAACUUCGAGAGUCGUGGGAACGUUCACUCCAGGGGGAGCUUGGGGCUUGCGGUGCUGCACUUCGUGAGUGUGACAUGGAUGGAAGCGCGGUGCCUAUGGGAGGACCAGUUCCAGCCUAGCCGCUUUACCAGCUGCACCGGGGAGCUGCAUGGUCUUCGUGUUAUUUCCCUUGCUUACGCACCUGUUACCUUGUUAUGGGACAUGAGAUUAAAGGAGUGUUUCUGUC